GCGGCCAAGAGCGGCGGCCCACCGCCGAGCGCCCGCCCACGUGCCCGCCGGCCAGAGGCCCCAGCCCCAGGGGGCGCGCUGGCCAGGCACCCGCUGCUGGAACCCGCCCGCCCCCACGAGCCGCAGGGCGACGAGUUCCCCGCCGUCUUUGGAGACCUGGACCGCGAGAAGCCGCCCGCCGGCAAGCUGGGUCAGAGCGGCUGGGCAGUGGCGGCAGGCGGAGCCGGCGCCUGCGACGACUUCCCCGCGGCGAGGGCGCUGGGCGCACGGGCCCGCGCGGAGCGGCGGCAGGCGGCAGGCGCUGGCGGCGCCGGGCCCCGCGGCCAGGGCGCGGCCCCCGACCGCGCGCUGGGCGUGCGCUGGUACACGCAGCAGAUCUCGGCCCUGGGCAAGCGCAAGCAGUGGCGGCAGGCGCUGGACCUCCUGGCCGAGAUGCGAGCGGGCGGCGUGCGGCCCAACGUCAUCACUUACAGCGCGCUGAUCAGCGCCUGCGAGCGGAGCGGGCAGCCUGAGAGGUCGCUCGAGCUACUGCAGGAGAUGAAGGAGAGGAGGGCCUGGAGCCUGACGUCAUUCUCUACAGCUCGCUGA